AUGGAACUUGUACCAUCGGUGUGGUCAUUUGCACCAUUGGUAUUGUCACUUGUACCAUUGGUAUGGUCAUUUGCACCAUCAUUAUGGCCACUUGUACCAUCUUUAUGGUCACUUCUACUAUCGCUAUGGUCACUUGUACCAUCAUUAUGGUCAUUUGUACCAUCAGUGUGGUCACUUGUACCAUCCGUAUGGUCAUCUGUACCACCACUAUGGUCACUUGUAUCACAUGUUGCACAUAGACUGACAGACAGAUACAGAGACGUUACAAAAGCUAAUGCGAAUAAUCCACAAUCAUUACCACCAACUUGUUGCUGUACAUUUUCAAAUGAUAAAACAACUUUUUCUUCACCAGGUAAUAUAUCUUGA